CUGCAACCAAGUUGUGCAAAGCUGGAUCCAGACAGGAAGCUCCAGAAGCAGAAAAUGUUGUAGAGUACUCUCCAUGAGGUAAGCACUGUGCCGUGUGCAAGCAAAACUGUUCAGAGAGAAGGUAGAACAACUGGAGAGAGUCCAGAGAAGAGCUGAGAAAACGAUCAGUUGUCUGGGAAAAAAAUAAAAGAAGAAAGAUUGAAAGAAUUGGCAUUGUUCAGUCUAAAGAAGAGAAGGUCAGCUGAACACAAGAAAAUUAUCAUCUACAUAAAUUACCUGUAAAAUGGUUGCUCUUAGGUGAUUUUCAUCAUUGGAGACUGUGCAGUACAUGGAACUCCAUAUUGCGGUGUCUCAUCAGAAAACAUCUUCAGAAGGCAGCUUUGGACUUCACCUUCAGAAAGGCAGAUUUCUACUUUAGAGAUCACUUCAUCCUGCUUCCUGUGAAAAUAAUAUGAAUCAGAAAGCGUUACUUUUCCUUCUCCCAAAUUUUUUUUUUGGGAUAUUUCUUUUGGGGUUUUUCUAUAGGAAACAAAAGAGCCUAGCAGGUGAUUUUCCUGUUUGCAGUGAAGAUUGGGGGGCAAUUCAAAACGAUCGCAAAACCACACUGGCUUCUCUCUGCCUGAAGAACAACCUUCUUAAAGUAAGAAACCAAUUGGAUUCUCAUGUUGCAAGCCAGCUCUUUGUGGAGCACAAUCAUAAUUUUAUCUACUGUGAGGUACCCAAGGUAGGCUGCUCCAACUGGAAGAGAACUAUUUUUCUUCUCCAAGCAAACACGCAUGCAGAAGCUUCUGAAAUUGAGCAUGACUUCAUCCACCAAACUUCAGCGAUCAGAAGGCUGGCGUCUUACCCUCCUGCCAAACAACAGGAUUUUCUGAAAAAUUACACCAAAGUGAUGUUCACUAGACAUCCCUUUGAACGACUGGUUUCAGCUUACAGAGACAAACUUCUGCACUCUGAGCCAUACUACAGUGACACUGUUGCUAAUCAGAUUAGGGCAAUGUUCAGGAAAAACAAAAACUCUUCUGGAAAAGUGAGUUUCCAGGAGUUUGUCAACUUCGUUUUAGCAAAACCACCAGAUAGUCUUGACAUUCACUGGAAACCAAUGUAUCUGCUCUGUGAUCCUUGCAACAUUCACUAUGAUGUUCUGGGUAAGUAUGAAACUCUUGGGUUAGAUUCUGAGCAUGUUCUGAAGGUCAUUGGAGCACCAGAGAACCUGCACUACCCCAGCUUGAAGAGGUAUGGCUCAGAGAAACGAACUAAUGGUUAUAUCACCUUGGAGUAUCUCAGACAAUUGAACUCAGAACAAAUUGAGAAGAUAAAUAAAUUGUAUCACAUGGAUUUUGUCUUGUUCAACUAUACUAUGAAAUAUGAGGAGUAUUUUUCCCUGAAUGACUAACAUAGGUAAAACAAAGAACAGUUUCUUCUGUACAAAAUGAGCUGAACUUGUCCUCACAGGUGCUUGGUAGGUGGGUUGGUGACUGCUCCUGAGAUUUUACUGGUGUUUGGAGACAUGCUUUAUCAUCCUAAGCAUUCUUAUAACAAAUCCCUGCCAGAUCUGUUGUUGUGUACAGUUUUUUAUCUAUAUGAAGUUAUUUUCUUCAUGUUGAUCAUUAAUGAUAUAUGUUUGUUUCAUGAAGACUGUUCAUAAAUAAUAGAUUUUGGUCUGUUGGUAAAGGAUAGGGGAAGGAUGAAGAGUCUUGUUUUUCACAGUGAAUAUUUUAAAACACCAUUUUAAAAUGUAAAUUAUUUUAUUCUUUUAUUAGGAAAAGACAUACGAAGCAAUAAAUCAUCUGCUUUAGAGUCAAACCACUCCUAGUCUGCAAGGGCCUCGGUCAUGAAUCCUGUAGGAAAGGAACAAAUAACUUGAGAUGCUUGAAGCUGCAUUACACAGAAAUUAAUGCCUGAUUAUAUUCCCCUCUGGCAGUGCUCUCACCACAGCCCACCAGCCUUGUCCCUCAAGCAGUAUAGUUGGCAGCAAUCCAGCCAGGAUUUCCCUUAUAUCCUUCAAAAUCUUCUGAUGAGCAGGUCCAGUAUUCAUGGUGACUUUGCGAACUCUUUUCACCACCUUUGUGAGUAUUACGGUCUGAUUUAAAAAUGGAGGUCUGAAAAAUGUAUCUUUUUUUUAGAGAGAUAGUUAGAGGUACAAUGGUACAAUUGGGGUGGUGCAGGACCUAAAAUCUCAGUGGAAAGGUGACCCUUAUCACUGAGUCAACUGACUGGCCAGUCAUCACAGCAGGAACAAUGUUUGGGCUUUCUCCAUUUGUGCCUGCCUGGAGCCUAUGAGCCCUUAGGACAUUCUUGAGUAUGGUACUUGGGACUUGGGUGGAGGCAGGUAAUUUCAGGUAAUAGAUGUGUCCUACAUGUUGCUUUCUCAAUUCACAGGAGAUUGAAUGCAAAUAAAUUGUAGGAAGCUGGAAAUUACUCCCAUCAAAUUUAAGGCUAUGUAGAGGGAUCUCUCUCUCUGUCUUUCCUGAAUGAGAGCUAUUUCCAGGUACGUGCUUCCCCUACAUUCUUAGCCAGAUCAUGCAGAGGAAAAGGGGAAUAAGAUUUGCUUUAUAACUUGCUUCUACGUGAUAGAUCCCACCAGAUCUAUAAGCUUCAGCAAAGAUACUUUAAUUUUCUUGCACCAUUAGGCAUCCUAGGAAAACUGAAGAAAUGCUGCUGACAGAGUUUGAUAGGUGUCUUUGCUAUCAGCACUCUAGUCUUAACACUCCCUUUCAGUUUCUUGCUGUUAGAUAUGAGUGGCUUUCUAUUCUAAUUUCCUCUUUCACACAAGAUCACGUAUUCUUCCUACAGUGGUGACAGGAAACGGGUGGCUUAUUCGUUCAUCACAAGCACUAGUCAGUAACAGAAGAUUGUCUAUCUAUUGAUGCAGAAAAGUAUCUGUAACUAUUCACGAUGGACUCUCAGAUUUGACAUUUGCCUGUAGGAAAUUGUAAGUAGCACAUUGCGCGGAACCACUGGGUGCUGUAAUGCUUCUUAGCUGGUGUGGGUCUCAACCAAAAAACUGCAGAGGGCAUGUGUGUGCAUAUGUGACAUGUAACAACAGUUUAGGAAGCAGUGUCACCCAGGAAUGGUGUAAGUUGUGCAUUACCAAUGCUAACAAAAUGAGAAUAACGGGUUGAUGUCUGAUGGAAAACAGAAAAACCAGACAUUACCUUAUAAAGGGUCUUGCAACAUUCCCCUGCAGGCAUCUUCUAAUGUUCAACCCAGUUUACUGCAUUUCCAUUUCUAUGAGCUUGAGAAUACUCCCUAACACUCGCCCACACCCAGGAGUUGCUGUGCAGUGUUGCAGGAGUGUGCAUGAGUUCUGCAAUGGGUUUCAGAGUUAAUGAAAAUGAUGGUGACUCACUGUUAUGUUGUAAAAAGCUUUCACAGCUAGCAGAGGUGGGCAUGGAAGUUUGGGCUAAGCUCAAAGUUGAGUCUUGCAAGAUCUUUAGUACUUGUAUUGAGUUGGCUGUAUUUUUUAGCAAUAACUGUCAGGCAGCAAUGCUUGUGGAAAACUCUGGUCUAUGAUCCUUCCUAUUGUGUGAGCGACUGCCCAUUGCCUGGUACAGUUGGGACUGUGCCACCUUGUUUAUUCCUCAGGUGAAUCCCAAGGCUGAUUACACUGGAUGCCAUUGGAAGUUCACCAAUGAAAGGGCUUACUGUUAUUUCAUUCUUGAUAUUGUAAUAUAAUAAUAGUUGAUGAAGGCUCUAGGCUUUGUCCCAGUCAGCCCACAAGAACUGCAAGACACCUGUAGACUUUAUGAUGAAAAUGAUGACUAUCUCUUCAUGGCCUGGGAGGGAGAUUUCUUGUUCUGUCUUCCCUACAAGCAUAGUGUCCUGAGAAAAGACUCUAAGCUAAGCCAGCCUCCCUCCUGUCUUUGCCUAGAGAAGAACCCCUCAGUAGAGCUUCUUUCCUUUGAGUGCUAACUCUGGGUGAUGUUUUCCUGGGAGGAAAGUGGGUGCUUGCUGUUUGGAGUAGGGGUGGAGGCAGUGGAGGCUCAAGCCCUGAGGUGGAUUAAAAUUACUCUCAUAAUCUUCUGAUUUAUUGUUAUAUGCCUGUGAUUUGACUAUUGCUAUGUUGCAUUUCUAAUUACUGUAAUAAACUGUAAUGAGUUAACACACUA